AUGCCCGCCGUCUACCUGCCUCCCUAUUCAAAACGUCGCAGACGACCAUCUGAACUUGUGUAUCAAGUUGACGUACCAACAGCAAGGCCCACAAACACACAAUAUCUAAUCAAAGUUCAUUUUACGGCGUUAUGCCGGGGUGAGCUUGAAUGGCCAAGACUGCUGGGUUGUUUGGAUUCAGGUACUGUUAUUGGACACGAUAUCUGUGGCACUGUGCUCUCUACGCCUGUCAUAGAUGAACAUGUUAGAGAAGGACCUAAGUUUAAAGUUGGGGAUCAGGUUUUUGGUUUCAUAGAACAGGCCAGAGAUGGCGGUGCCACAGAUUGUGUCACAGUGGAGGAGGAUGAGCUAGCGUUUAAGCCGCAGAAUCUCUCAGCGGCUGAGGCGUGUAGCAUACCGUCGUCUGCGCUGAUGGCAUAUCAAGGGCUGUAUCUGCAAUUGAAGAUUGAAGAAUGGUUGAAUAGUUAUGGGAAGAAGAGUGAAGAGCCCCUGAGGGUUUUGGUUUUGAAUGGGAUGGAUGGUAUAGGCAUUCAGGUGAUUCAGAUGCUCCGCUCGAAAUCCCUUUUUCCCGGCGCGCAUAUUUGGGUAUGUGCUGCGACGGAUUCUCCGAACAACGAGUCAUUCUUGAGGAAUGAGCUGCAUGUCGACGAAGUGCUUGUGUUAUCGGCGGCUAUAGAUUUAGUCCGGCUGUGGACUGAGAGAAGAUUCACUCCCGUACAUCUUGCGCUGGAUUGUGAUGGCAGCGAAAGGUUUCAUCAACUUAGUAACACCGGUAUUCUAUGCAAGGGUGGAAUGUCCUUAAGCAUAGUGGAAUCAGAUAGUGAGACGUCCAACAAUAACAUGUUUUUCGGUCCUCUCUGGGUGGACCCAAACGAGGAGCAGUUAGCGAUUAUCUCGAAACUUGCUGAGAGGGGUGAGUUGAAGCCGUAUGUCGAUAAAAUAUUUGAACUGCACGAGGCAGUGGAUGCGAUGAAGUAUGUCGAGUCGCAUAAGGGAAGAGGAAAGGUAUUGUUGCGGGUUAAUUAUGAUUGA